AUGGACGCGGUGGGACUGGACCCAUCUAUCCACCUCGCCACGAUGCAGAUGCCGUGCACGGAAGAGGCGACGCAUCCCGCAGCACUUGCAGCAGGGGAGUCGUCGUGGCUCACCUCCCGGGCGGAUGUUCCGGCCACAAGUCCGAAGCGCCGCGUGCGCGAUGACACCGGCCACAUUUGGCACUACAUACUCGCCGCCGCCGCCACCACGGGCCUCGACCUCCUGCCCGCUACUUUGGCGGACCUCGCCGGCGGCCUCCGCGCCAUCCGCUUCGAGCUCGCGGAGAUCAAGGCCGGCCGGCACCCGCCGCCCCCACCGGCCGCCGUUCCGGUUCCGUCCGCCACCCCGACACCGCUCGCCUCCGCCGCCAGCAAGGGCUGCCCCGCGUGGUGGCCGCCAUCGCCCUCGCCAAUUCCCACCUGGACCGACGCAUCGCCCGUCUACACUCAGACUUCGGCGCGGACGACGGUUCAGCCGCCCGCCCACCCCUUUGGCGGUCCUAGCGGGUUUGCGGCCCCCUUCGCCGCGAGCUCGUCCUUCAACCCGGGACGCCAGGAGGGCGCCCCCGAGGUCCCGCCUCUGGCACAGCAGCCGGCCCGCUUCACCAAGCUGGAGUUCGCCACCUACGACGGCGCCACCGACCCCCUGAACUGGCUGAACAAGUGUGAGCAGUUUUUUCAGGGGCAGCGGACGCUCAGCGCCGACCGCACGUGGAUCGCCUCCUAUCACUUACGAUGCGCCGCGCAGACUUGGUACUACGCCCUCGAGCAGGACGAGGGCGGGAUGCCGCCAUGGGAGCGUUUCCGCGACCUGUGCCUCCAGCGGUUUGGGCCGACCCUCCGCGGCAGCCGCCUCGCCGAGCUGGGAUGCCUCGCCUUCAUCACCACGGUCCAGGACUUCGCCGACCGUUUUCAGGCGCUCGCGUGCCAUGCCCCGGGCGUCUCGGCGCGGCAGCGCGCCGAUCUCUUCGUCGGCGGCCUCCCCGACUACAUCCGCGUCAACGUCGAGAUGCGCGAGCCGGCGGACCUGCAGACGGCCAUGUACUACGCACGGGCCUACGAGCAGCGCGCCCUCGCCAUGCAGCAGGUCUACGCGCAACGUGGCAGCGCUCGUCCCGCGCUCCGAGCCGCCCCGACGCCCACCGCUCCGCCGCACCCCGCGCCGGCCGCCGCGCCCGCGGGCCUUCCUGCGCCGACUCGCCCCUUCAAGCGUCUGACGGCUGCGGAGCAGCUUGAGUGGCGCCGCCAGGGGCUGUGCUUCAACUGCGACGAGAAGUACGCACCGGGCCACACGUGCGCCCGCCUCUUCUACCUGGAGACCUUCGACGAGGCCGACGUUGAGGCCCUCACCGCCAAGCUCGCGGCCGCCACCGUCACUGAGGCCGGUGUCACGACCUAUGCGCCGGUCGACGCGUCCGCCUUCGUCGUCUCUCUUCAUGCUAUGGCGGGCAUCAAGACGGCAAAGACGAUGCUGCUUCCGGUGACGAUCAAUGGGGAGCGUCUCAUUGCGCUGGUGGACACGGGCUCCACGCACAACUUCCUGUCCACCACCGCCAUGCGCCGCCUCGCUCUCCAGCCAGCGGGAUCGGAGAAGUACAGAGUCAUCGUCGCCAACGGGGACCGUCUUAUGUGCCAGGGCGUGGCGCGACAGGUUCCCGUGCUCGUAGGCGACGAGCCGUUCUCCAUCGACUGCUGGGACCACGAUGUGCUGUCCCUCAUCUUCUGGCGUGAGGGCGGCCGCCGUGUUCACUGGACGGGCGUGGGCAGCACUGGCACGUCCCCGCAGCUCCACCUGAUGGCCGCCGCGCUUGACAAGGCGCAUCCGCUCCUGGCCGAUUUACUGCAGCAGCACGACGACCACUUCGACGAGCCGUGGGGCCUACCUCCCUCGCGACCCUGUGACCACCGCAUACACCUGCUGCCGAACACGACACCCGUGUCUGUGCGGCCAUACCGGUACCCCAAGCUGCAGAAGGACGAGCUCGAGCGCCAGGUGGCGGUCAUGCUAGCGCAGGGCAUCAUUCGGAUUUCGACGUCGCCGUUCUGCGCCCCCGUGCUUCUUGUGCGCAAGACCGACAGCACGUGGCGUUUUUGCAUCGACUUCCGCGCCCUCAACACUGUCACGUCCAAGGACAAGUUCCCCAUCCCCGUCGUGGAUGAGCUCCUGGACGAGCUGCAUGGCGCGCGCUUCUUCACCAAGCUCGACUUGCGCUCAGGCUAUCAUCAGGUGCGCAUGCACCCGGACGACAUCGCCAAGACGGCGUUCCGCACUCACCAUGGCCACUACGAGUUUUUGGUGGUGUCGUUCGGCCUCUCCAACGCACCGGCGACCUUCCAGGCCCUGAUGAACGACGUGCUCAGCCCCUACUUACGCCGCUUUGUGCUUGUUUUCUUUGAUGAUAUUUUGAUCUACAGCGCAUCCUGGGCAGAGCACCUGCAACAUGUGGCCAUCAUCUUCAACGAGCUUCGAGCGCAUUGCCUUCAUCUCAAGCGCUCGAAGUGCUCGUUUGGAUACUACCGGCGGUACAUCCAGGACUUCGGCCUCAUCGCCACGCCUCUCACGCGCCUGCUUCGCCGCGACGCCUUCUCCUGGGACGAGGAGGCGGCCACGGCCUUUGCCGCUCUGCAACGGGCACUCACGAUGGGCCCCGUUCUUCAGUUGCCGGACUUCGACGAGCCAUUCGUGGUGGACUGCGACGCCUCCGGCAUUGGCUUCGGCGCCGUCCUUCACCAGGGCGGGGGUCCACUCGCUUUCUUCAGUCGCCCCUUCGCCGCGCGCCACCACAAGCUCGCCGCAUAUGAGCGCGAGCUUAUCGGGCUGGUCCAGGCGGUGCGCCACUGGCGGGCGUAUCUUUGGGGCCGGACAUUCCGUGUGCGCACGGACUACUACAGCCUGAAGUUCUUGCUGGAUCAGCGCCUCUCCAGCGUGCCGCAACACCAGUGGAUCAGCAAGCUCUUUGGCUUCGACUUCACCGUCGAGUACCGCCCCGGCUGCCUCAACACAGUCGCCGACGCCCUGUCCCGCCGUGACGUUGACGACACUGCGGACGCGCCCACGGUCGGUGCAGCCAUCUGCAUCCACUUCGGGCCGUCCUUGGCCUUCAUCGACGAGGUUCGUCGCGCUACUGCCACGGUUGCGGAUGCGCAGCAGCUGCGCCAGUGCCUGGCCGACGGAGAGCUGGCCGCGCCAUGGCGCUUGGACGAGGGACUACUCCUCCAUGGGUGCCGCAUCUUCGUGCCGGACCAUGGAGACCUGCGCCACCAGGCCUUGUCCUUGGCACAUUCUGCAGGUCACGAGGGCGUCCAGAUGACCAUGCACCGUCUCCGUGCUGAUUUUUACAUUACAGGGGAUGGCGCCCUGGUGCGAGACUGGGUGCGGGCGUGCGUCACAUGCCAGCGGAACAAGACGGAGACGCUCCGUCCGACGGGCUUGCUGCAGCCGCUGGACGUGCCGUCCCAGUACGCGCACUUCAUCGCCCUCGGCCAUCCCUAUACGGCGACGUCCGUGGCACGCGCCUUCUUCGACGGCAUCGUUCGCCUCCACGGGUUUCCAUCCUCCAUCGUCAGUGAUCGUGAUCCUGUGUUCACGGGUCACGUCUGGAGGGACUUCUUUGGGUUGGCGGGCGUGAAGCUCCGCAUGAGCACGGCGUUUCAUCCUCAGACGGACGGCCAGUCCGAGGUCGUCAACAAGAUCAUCGCCAUGUACCUGCGUUGCAUCACCGGGGAUCGUCCACGAGCUUGGGUGGACUGGCUGGCGUGGGCUGAGUACUGCUACAACACAUCCUACCACUCCGCACUGCACGCCACUCCCUUUGAGGUGGUCUACGGGAGGCCACCGCCGGCGAUGCUUCCCUAUGCGUCUGGCAUGGCCCGUACUGAAACAGCGGAUGACCUGUUGCGUACUCGCGACGAGAUACUGGCUGAGGCGCGUCAGCGACUUCUUCAGGCUCAGCAGCUGGCCAGGAGGUACUAUGAUGCACACCAUUGCGACGCGGAGUUUGCGGUCUGGCUACGCCUUCUUCACCGGACGACCCAGUCCUUGGACCCGCGCUCCAGGCGCAAGUUGGGACCUCGUUACGCCGGUCCCUUCCGUGUGCUGGAGCGUAUCGGCACGCUCGCCUACCGUCUUGAGCCGCCCGCGGGCUCGCGCCUCCACGACGUCUUCAACGUCGGCCUCCUGAAGGCCUACCGUGACGACCCUCCUUCGGCACCACCAGCUCUUCCACCUACUUCGGAUGGGCGCCUCGAGCCUGCCCCAGCGAGUGUGGCUCGCGCGCUGAAGGCCCAGCAGCGCCGUGGUGUUUGGCACGUCUUGGUGCAUUGGACAGGCAUGCCAGAGGACGAGGCGACUUGGGAGAAGCUUGAAGAUCUCUGCCAGAAGUUUCCCGAAGUUCAGCUCGAGGACGAGCUGUUUGAGAAGGCGGGGAGACAUGUUAUGGUCGCCUUAAUUAAGGAGUUCAUCCGCUUCGGUGCCCAAUUCGUUGGGUACCGCGAGUAUGCUAGCAAAACUGAAGAAAAACUUGCGGAGGCCAACAAACGCGCUGACACUCCUGCUCAGAAACUAGAGCAAAGUGAGGAGGCUCGUAAGAAGGCCGAAUCUGAUGCUAGCAAGGCUAAGGCAGAGGCUGACCAGGCCAAGGCAGAAGAUGCUGGUGUUGAAGAUCUUCAGAAGAAGCUUCAUGACGCCGAAACCGCCUUGAACGAGCAUAAAACCGCACAAGCUGCUCGUGAAGAGGUUCUGUUCUCGACGCUGCCGCUGAAGAUGAAAGGGUGA